CGUGUUUGUUGUCCCUUGCGUGUUUUAUACAACCUUCCAACUUCCAAACCCAAUCGUGAUACUCGCAACCAACGCAAUGGCUUCCAACCGUCAUGUUCUUGUGCUCGGAGGCAAUGGGAAGAUUAGUAGGCUUCUCACGGUCAUCCUGCUGGAGAAGUCCUGGACUGUGACGAGUCUGAUCCGCAACCCUGACCAGAUCGAUGACCUGAAGAAGAUCUCGGAGGGCCUGCCGGGAGACCACAAGAUCCUGGUUCACGAUCUCAUCAAAGUUGAUAGUCAGGAGAAGGCUGCCGCCAUUCUUGACGAAGUGAAGCCGGACUCUGUUGUCUUCAGCGCUGGCCCUGGAAGGGGAACUGAUCAAGACACGAUCAUCCGCAUCGAUCGUGAUGCUGCAAUCUUCUUCAUCAAGGCCUCGGUCGCCAACAAGUCCAUCAGUCAUCAUCUCCAGGUCUCCUACUUGGGCGCUCGACGCAAGAAAGCUCCCUGGUGGACUGCCGAAGACUGGGAAGGCUGGAAGAAGGUCAACUCAACUUUCUUGGGUCCUUACUAUGAGCCCAAGACCGCCGCCGAUGAAGCUCUCGUCACUGAAGCCAGGAAGAGAGACGGCUUGACCGCUGUAUCGGUCCGCCCUGGCGGUCUCACCGACAAGGAUGAAGGGGGAGUGCUCUUGGGACAGACGAAGCAAGCCAGAGGCAUGACCACUCGAGCAUCAACCGCGAGAGUCAUGGCCUUGGUGUUGGAGAAGGAGGGCGUGAAGGGACACUGGCUGGAUGUUCUCGAUGGCGAGGAAGAUGCAGCGACUGCAGUCGAUCGUUACGUUCAUGAUGAGUCGGAGUGUGCUGAAGGAGAGCCAGUACUGAAGAACUAAUCCUGUAUUCGAGGAUCAUCGGGCAUCACGACCUCCCAAGGCCAAGACAGCACUUGGUGGCAUCCCUGUGCCCACCCUUACCCACCAUGGCACGCGAGUCCCCCGUCCAUAAGGGGUCUAGUCAGGUACCCGGCCUCAAACCCUCGAAGAGUCCCACUGUUUGUGCGGGCCGUUAGGGAACCACCUAGCAGGACGUGCGCUGAAAUGUCCAAAAAGGGGAAAAUAGCUUCAUGGAACUGCAACAUGGUUUUUUGAUAUUCACAACUCUGAUAUAAAAGAUAGAACCAUGAAACUCGAUAAGAAGUUUGGCAUCAUAUGGAUGUAACUUGUCCAUUUUUUUCGAAGCGUGUAUCGCAAAGUUGGGCUCAGGAUCAGUGAGUGCGUAGCUGAGCUUCCCACACUCCCCCCUUUGAUAUCAGAAAUAGAACUGCCGUACUGCUGCACCAGAA